GUAGUUUUCCUUCACCUGGUCACACCGCAAGACGCUUCGCCAUUUUAAAAAUCAAAACAGGAGACGCUUCGCCGGAAAAGUCAGCAUUACGAUUCAAUUCCAACCGGACCCUUCAGCUUGACUCGCCCAUCCGUCACAGCAGUCGCAAUGCAGCGCCACAAGGAACUGUACAAGGAGCAUUCGCUGGUUCUGAGCCCGCGCAAUCACUGCCAGGAGAACAGGGAUCGGUUGCAUGCGGCGCGCGCCAAAAAAAGGGACGAUUGUUUUUACCAGAAUCGCAUCAUCAGCGUGAGCCCGACGCCGGUCAAAACGAAGCAAUUGGCAGCGACCCAAGCUGCUCUGCCCCAGGAAAAUGUGGCACCCAAACUGGAGAGUCCGGAGCAGCUGGACACGAAGCCCGCAGAACAGCAGAAGGAAUCCAACCCGAAGGUCUCCCGCCAGAAACUCUACUUACAACGCUACAUGGAGUGGAAGACAGCCAAGACCAAAGAGCAUAAGCAGCAAGACCAGAAUCGUCGAGGCGCAGCCAUCAAUGUGCCGACCGUAAAACAAUCAAAGGUCUUGCCCAAAUCGCAAACAUUUCGGGUUCCCGAUAAUCUGGCUUCUGCAAAGCAGAAGGAGGCAACUCACGGUUUCCAGCCUACCAAGCGGUGUUCCCUCUACGUGAUUGCCAAUCCCACGGGCAAGGCCAAAGCCGCAGAACCGAUUAAACCUUCAAUACUCAAGCCAACGUCUGCAACUCCAAGUGCGGCCAAAGUGACAGCAGCUCCUCCGUCAUCCAAUACCGUGACUGCAUCUUCUGCCUUGGCCAGGCAUAAAUCAGCUGCUUCUGUAACAAAAAUAGUGCCUCCAAGUCGCCAAAACAACAAUCCGGUUGCCUUGGCCAGGCAAAAAGCAGCUGCGCGACCCAUUCCCACCACAACGAAGCAACCUAUCAGUCUAAGGCAGCCUGCGGUUGAAGCGAAGAAGAUCACUACCACCAUACCCAGGCCCACCCCAGCGACAGUCACGAAAGCGAAAACGCCAGGCAUACGGCAACAGCCACCAGUGGUCAGCACAAAGCCCAGAUUACCUGCGCCGCUGGCACCACGGACAGCUAGACUGCCCAAUGUGUUGUCCCAGCCGUUCGAGAAACCUUUGGGAAACAGGGCACCAGUGACACGACGGGCGAAUGUCGUGAAACCACAGCCUAUUCGUGGCGGAGGUGGUGCCGCGGCCAAGUUCAAGGACACAGCUGGAGCGACCAGCAAGGAAGCAAGCCACUCCAUGCGAAUGAAGGCCACCAAGGUAAAGAGCCAGUACACAAGGCUUCAGGGCAACGUGCGAAAGCUUCCUCAGCUCAAAGCCGAGUUGCUGCAGGCAGCCACGCUAGACAUACCGCCUCACACGCCGCUAGAGGAUAUCCAUAAUCCCUUUAUCGACCAGGCCACAUCAACGCAGUGCAAGUCGAACAAUAGCAGUGGUCAUCUAAUGGAGGCGUUUGGCGACAGCAUCUUGUUGAGCCCGGUGGCACCGGUCAAAGUUGAAGGAGAAAGUUCGGUCAAAAGGCAGUUGCUGCCGGUAGCUAAGAAAGAGGCGUCCGGACCGGUGGCAAAGAAAAAGUUCGACUUUACGCGUUACUCAGUGGCAAAUUCACCGGCGGAGGACUCGCUCAUCUUGGAUCCUCAGCAGACGACGGUUACAGGAGACAGUGGAGAUUCCACUCUGGUGCCAGAGGGUACGAAGACACCGCCACGUCGCGAAUCCAAUGGAAUGCCCAACUAUCUCAGUCCGUUUGUUAGUGUCUCGCGGGGAAAGGUGAACUCGCGCUGUGAGAAGGAGAAACGCAAUAGCUUCUACCUGUCCAAUGAGGAAUCGCCCUUGGAAGUUCGCCGUGCCAUCGAAUCGGUUCUGUACUUCCGACUGCAGCUGGAAAACGAGAUCACGCGCCUCCAAGCGCUUUGCGCUGAAUGGGAGGCGUACAGCAAGGAGAAUGAGGCACGGCUGCAGGAAACGGGCGGCAUUGACAUGAUCAACGUGACCAUCGGCCAAACACGUCUGCUGACCACCAAGAAGAUGAUGCAGUUCAGCGGCCUGAUCGAUCGUUGCGAGGCUGGAGCGACCGGCAAGAACCGUCAGCCAAACGAUGGCAGCGAGGAUUCGAAACCGGUGCAGGCUGAGGAUCUGGAGGGCUGGUGGGACAUGCUGCGCCUGCAGAGCGAGAACGUGGACAAGCGCUUCGAAAACCUGAAGCGUUGGAAGGCCAACGACUGGCUGGAUCCGGAUGCAGUGGCCGAGGAACCCAAACAGCCGAAGCCCAAGCCCACGAUAAGUCGCAACAUGAAGAUCAAAUCGAAGGCCAAGCCCAGCAGCAAUCUGCAGCAGUUCCUCCGCAAAGCCCAUGCCAACAUGAAGAAGACCAAGGUGGAGGAGUCGAUCCUGGAGGAUGGCCUGCCCUCCACGUCCACGCGCCACAGUUCGCCUCGCGUAAUCGUAGUUCGCAAUCGCCGAUCCUUUUCGCCCGCCCGCACAGUACUCCGCAUGUCCACCGGCGAAGGGCGUCAGUCGAUUGCGCCAAAUGCGCUCCUGAAAUCAGCGAUCCUUGCGGCCGCCGAGCAGAACGCUGCCAAGACGCCGCCGCCCAAGCCGCGCGCCUCCAUCCUCAAGACGCCCGGCACCACGAAGCGGCAGAACCGUGGUGUGCUCUUCAGCGCCAAGAAGAGCGUACGGCGAUUCCAGUUCACCUACGAGGAGGGAAACAUUAGCAACGACGAGACGGUGGGCGCCGACAAGCUGGAGGACUGCGAGGAGGACAUGUCGCUGGAGGCCUCCACGGAACGCAGAUCCCUGGAGCAGAAUCCCGGAAGGGAUUCCAAUCAGGGAAAUGAAGCAACUCCUCGCACGUACACGCUGCGCAACCGGCGGGUGAAUCUGCGUCCCUCCUCCGAGUUUAUGUAGUGUUGUCUAUUGACAGCAAUAGUCCGUUGUGGAAUUGUUUAUACUUUUAUAUUCUUAGUUUAAUAUUUUUUUGCGGAUGCCAUUAAGUGUUAAUUCGUUAAGAUGUUGAAAAUUACAUUUGGCGUUUUAAAUGUUCGACGAUUAUGUUCUGUGAAAAUGAAAGCUUAUUUUAUUUUUAAUUAUCUAACAUACCUUGUUUUUAAAAAUUAGCAUAGUUGAAGGAAUAAAAAAGAGAAGAAUAAAUAAAUUUGAAAUGCUUUUCUUAUUGAAAGGGGAUCGAAAUUUAAAAUGAACAAUUUAAUUCCACAACACAGAAAUUUUAUUACGCAACUCAACUACUAAAACUUUACAGACCAAACUUUAUAAUUUGGUGUUUCAGAAAAUGAAUAUCAAAAUAUUUGCAUUUUUCAAGUUGUCUAAAUAAAUUUUAAGAAUUUAGAUUUGGUAUGAGUCUUUGGUAACAUAUUACCCAAGUCUUUCACCUUCAUGGCUCCGUAUAAUUUUGAGGUAUUUUUCAGUAUUUCCUAAGCAAAUUUCAGUAUAUCUGAGUAUGUAUGGCGGUAUAAUUUAACGGUUGCGCUACGGUCCCACUCUGAUUCAUAAAAGUAAAGAAAGACCACUCGACGGCAAUUUAAAUUGAAUUUUGAAUUCGCUGUUGCACUCGAUUGUAAAUACUCCCUGAUAAGGCCGCCAAAUGAAAGUGCAAAUAGCAGUGAUAUCGCGACGCGCAUCUCACCGCAGUAACUAACCGCCUCGCGACCGUUUCGUUCGCCCGCGACGCCCUUUGAGUUCAACGCAUUCACAUUUCCCAGUGUGCAGAUUUCCUUUUUGUUUUGUCCGCAGUCACCGCGCACUGCAUUCAAAACAAGGCCCAACACACAAUACGCUAACCCCAGCGGCACAGCAAACACAGUACACACCCAGCAUGGACACUAGUGGCGGAAAUUUGGCGUGUACUCGCCAUGGCAGUUGGGCCGUUCGCUGGCGCGCAAAUUGAUCUCCUCGAUUUGCGGCUCCCCCAUCGCUUGUUUACCCCUCUGCCCCAACAUCAACAAGCGGACUUAUUUGUCCAUAUUGCAUUGCGGCUUGCAUAUAUCUGGCAAUGGGUCUGAAUUUAGAUUUUUCGUAAGUUUUUGCACUCUGCUGACGAAACGAAAAAGUGCUUUUAACGAUCUGGGAACAUCCCAAGGCGCUGCGUUGCCAGACAGCGUGUUACACACAUGGACGUUUGUAUGUUUGUGUUGGUGUUUUAGUGGGGUACAGUCUUGGGGGCAAAUGUUUUUACACUGUAAAAAGUAUGCUAACGUGCAAUUAGAGAAUGGGCAAGCACAUAAAUUUAAUAAGAAAGUUAUUUUAGGCUUUGGUGCAUCUUAUGAGUUCGGACGAGUUGUUGAGAUGGGUGGUUAAUGGGUGGAAAAAAACGCGCACAAAUAAUAACGUCAACAAGGGGCUGCCACCCCUUUCAAUGUUCUUAUGCAAAAGUGGUAGUCAACAAAAUAUAUAAUUCUAUUUCAAAGUAAA